UCAGAUAUCACCCCCCCAAGUUUGUAUACUGUGUAGGGAGGAUCUAGGUUUACGCAGCCCUUUCUGAAAGUUGGCCUGUUUGAGCAAUGGCUCUGUUUUGUAGGAAGGCUUCUCUCACUGACUCCCCUCCCCAGGUCGAGGUGACUGUUAAGCGGUGUGCGUCCUGCCCAGAAUCCUGCAAGCCACUUUUUCUGCGCAAAAGCAGUAUACGACAACACUUGCUGCCAAGGCUCUUUCGGGCAAAGAAAUACAGCAAUCGCUUCGCAAGCGGGAAGUGGAACUCUGUUGAUGAUGUUACCCUGCAUUCCCUGAACUCGGAUUGUUCUAAGUUACUAGGCCAAACUGGAGAAGCCGAAGACCCCAAAGUGUUCUCCAAUCCUCUGUACCAGCAUCCACAUAGCAAUGACCUCCCACACAAUGCCUCCGUAGGAUUGCCUACUCCAGAUGCAAACUCUGAAGCCUCCCCAAUAGAACUUUUAACAAACAAGAAGCGAGCGAGAGAUGGGGGGCCAGCACCUAGAAUCGCUAAACAGGGAAGGAAGAAAGAGCAUUCAGAACACAGCAUGCUUGGGAGAUUGCUGAAGGAUUCCAGUAGUUGGAAGAGAACAGAGUCAAAGUUUGUGCAGACACAGCCGCUCUACCAGGAUUAUUGGAUGCAAUGUAUAAAGGAUGGCACACUUUCGGUGGAACCUUCAAUCACUUUUACUGGCAUUUUAUCUUCCUCUUUUGUUGGGGGGUCUCCCGGCACCAUUGGCCCCCAUGACUACACAACUUCUUUAUGGCAAGAGCUCCCUGAGGUGAAGGAACAUGGAAUCGCAGAUGGAAUCAAUGUUCAUCAGCUCCAGCUUCAAGAGGCUAUUUUUGAGGUAGUGACGUCUGAAGCCUCAUAUCAGCGCAGUCUCACGGUUGCCAUCUGCCAUUUUCAAAAUUCAUGCAAGCUUUCUGAGUGUCUGGUGAGCACAGAAAAACACACACUAUUCUCUAACCUUCCUGGAGUCAGAGUUGUCAGUGAGAGGUUCCUGUUGGAUCUAGAGGAUGGCCUGGAGAAAGAUGUAUUUCUACAUGAGAUUGGAAACCUGGUUUUACAGCACUGUCCAGACUUUCACCGGGUCUAUGUGCCGUAUGUCACCAACCAGAUGUACCAGGAUAGGCUGAUUAAACGGCUUGUCCAAGAGAACAGGAAGUUUCUUCAAGUUCUUCAGAAGCUUGAAGAGCAAUCUGUAUGCAAGAGGCAGCCCUUGAAAUCCUUCCUUGUUCUUCCCUUCCAGAGAAUAACCCGUCUGAGGAUCCUGCUUGAGAAUAUCCUAAAGUUGGCACAUGACAGCCCUGAAUUGGCCAGUUCAGUUGGGAAAGCUUUAGCUGCUGUUGGCCAGAUUGUGUCUGGAUGCAAUGAGGGUGUGAGGAGUAUGAUUCAGACAGAGGAGCUGGUGUUGCUGGAGAAGAGGGUGGAUUUUGUAAAUCUCAAAUCUUUUCCCUUGAUCUCUCGUGGCAGAGUCCUUCUCCAGCACGGCGAGCUCGCCCAAAUACUGUUCAAGGAGGUAGGAGUUGUCAGUCGUCCUUGUCUGUCCACCAAGCCAAUCUACCUCCACCUGUUCAGUGACUUGCUGCUGCUCUCCAACAAAACGGAACACGGGCGCUUUAUGGUAACGGAUUAUGCCAGCAAAGGACAAGUGCAAGCAGACAAUCUGAAAGCCAAGGCCUUGGGGCUUCCAGAUUUGGCCUUCCUGCUGCGGCUAAGCUGUAACCAUGCUGGCAUCAGCCGUGAAGUCAUCCUCAAAGCCAGCAACAAAAAAGAGAUGCAGCACUGGAUUUCUGUCAUAACUAGUCACAUGCUGAGUGAGUCAGACUGCUAAAUUUUAUGACCUGCAACAUUUACUACAAAUCUGCAUAUUGAGGCAGGAGAACAGAUCAUUCUAGUGGGAGAUCUGCGCAUAAUCCAGGAGCCUGAAUUAGUAGAAUGUGAUUA